GUGAACUGUGAGCAGCUCAGCGUUUCUACUUUUGGCUCCUCCACUUUGGACGCACACUCAGAUCUCAGGCACCAUGUCCAAGCCACUGUCAGACCACGACAAGAGGAAACAGAUUUCAGUGAGGGGACUCGCUGGUGUUGAGAAUGUUACUGAUCUCAAGACAAACUUUAAUCGCCAUCUUCAUUUUACCCUGGUGAAGGACAGGAAUGUGGCCACCAGGAGGGAUUACUACUUCGCCCUUGCCAACACGGUCCGGGACCACUUGGUGGGCAGGUGGAUCAGAACACAGCAGCACUACUAUGAGAAGGACCCCAAACGUGUGUACUACCUCUCUCUGGAGUUCUACAUGGGCCGUACUCUGCAGAACACUAUGGUGAACCUGGCCUUGGAGAAUGCUUGUGAUGAGGCUGUGUAUCAGCUUGGCUUGGACAUGGAGGAGCUGGAGGACAUUGAGGAAGAUGCUGGGCUGGGGAAUGGAGGCCUGGGCCGCCUAGCUGCUUGCUUCCUGGAUUCCAUGGCUUCUCUUGGUUUGGCUGCCUAUGGCUAUGGCAUUCGGUAUGAGUUUGGCAUCUUCAACCAGAAAAUUGUUAAUGGCUGGCAGGUGGAAGAAGCUGAUGAUUGGCUGCGCUAUGGAAACCCAUGGGAGAAAGCUCGUCCUGAAUACAUGCGCCCUGUGCACUUCUAUGGCAGGACAGAGCACCACCCAGAUGGAGUGAAAUGGGUAGACACUCAGGUUGUUUUGGCCCUGCCAUAUGACACUCCUGUACCUGGCUACAGAAACAAUGUUGUAAACACUAUGAGACUGUGGUCUGCAAAGGCCCCAUGCGAGUUCAACCUGAAAGACUUCAAUGUUGGUGGCUACAUCCAGGCUGUCCUGGACAGGAACUUGGCUGAGAACAUCUCCCGAGUGCUGUACCCCAAUGACAACUUCUUUGAAGGCAAGGAGCUGCGUCUGAAGCAGGAGUAUUUUGUGGUGGCUGCCACGCUACAGGACAUCAUCCGCCGCUUCAAGGUCUCCAAGUUUGGCUCCAGGGAAAUUGCGCGCACUGACUUCAACAAACUCCCUGAAAAGGUGGCCAUCCAGCUGAAUGACACCCACCCUGCCCUUGCUAUUCCUGAGCUGAUGAGGGUGCUGGUUGAUGAAGAGAAGCUGCCGUGGGAUAAGGCCUGGGAUAUCACUGUCAGGACUUGUGCUUAUACUAACCACACAGUGCUGCCUGAGGCUCUGGAGCGCUGGCCUAUUGACCUGUUCCAGAACCUGCUGCCCCGUCACCUCGAGAUCAUCUACGAGAUCAACCGCCGUCACCUGGAGCGUGUGGCUUCCCUGUUCCCUGGUGACACAGACCGUAUGCGCCGCAUGUCACUGAUUGAGGAGGGAGGAAUAAAGAGAGUGAACAUGGCCCAUCUGUGCAUCGUUGGCGCCCACGCAGUCAAUGGUGUAGCACGCAUUCACUCGGACAUCCUCAAAGCUACUGUGUUUAAGGAUUUCUACGAGAUGGAUCCACACAAGUUCCAGAAUAAAACCAAUGGCAUCACUCCCCGCCGCUGGCUGGUCAUGUGCAACCCUGGUCUGGCUGAGGUCAUUGCAGAGAGAAUUGGAGAGGACUUCAUCCGAGACCUGGACCAGCUGAAGAAACUACUGAAAUUUGUAAAUGAUGAGGCUUUCAUUCGUGAUGUUGCCAAAGUCAAACAGGAGAACAAACUGAAGUUCGCCACACACUUGGAGGAGCACUACAAAGUGAAGAUCAAUCCCAACUCCAUGUUUGAUAUACAGGUCAAGAGAAUCCAUGAGUACAAGAGACAGCUGCUCAACUGCCUGCAUAUUAUCACUUUCUAUAACCGCAUCAAGAAGGAGCCCAACAAGCAGUGGUCUCCCAGAACCAUCAUGAUUGGUGGAAAGGCUGCCCCAGGCUACCACACAGCUAAGAUGAUUAUUCGUCUUAUCACAGCUAUUGGUGAAGUGGUCAACAAUGACCCAGUGGUGGGUGAUCGCCUUAAGGUCAUCUUCCUGGAGAACUACAGAGUCACCUUGGCUGAAAAAGCUGUCCCUGCUGCCGACCUGUCUGAGCAGAUCUCCACAGCUGGCACAGAAGCUUCCGGAACAGGCAACAUGAAAUUCAUGCUGAAUGGUGCUCUGACCAUUGGCACCAUGGAUGGAGCAAACGUGGAGAUGGCUGAGGAGGCUGGAGAGGACAACAUUUUUAUCUUCGGCAUGAGGGUUGAAGAUGUGGAGGCCAUGGACAAGAAGGGAUAUAAUGCUUCUGAGUACUACAACCGUAUUCCGGAACUAAAGCAAGCUAUUGACCAGAUUGCAGGAGGCUUCUUCAGUCCCAAGCAGCCUGACCUCUUCAAGGACAUUGUCAAUUUGCUGAUGCAUCAUGACAGGUUUAAAGUGUUUGCAGAUUAUGAAGACUACAUAAAAUGCCAAGAGAAAGUCAGUGCUCUGUACAAGAAACCCAAGGAAUGGGUCAAGAAGGUGAUCUAUAACAUCGCUGGUUCCGGCAAGUUCUCCAGUGAUCGCACCAUUUCUCAAUAUGCUCGUGAGAUUUGGGGCGUAGAACCUAGUCUGGAGAAGAUUGCGGCUCCUGACGAUCCAAAAUAAACCACAAAGGCCACUUGAGCCCAACCCUGAUCCCAAUACUACAGGAAGAGCUAAGAGCAAAGCAGCUCUAGAUAUGUUUCUGAAUUGAAUGCACCGAAUUACCUGUCUAUUUAAUUGUUUUCCAUUGUGGUCACACCAUACCUCUCAGCUCCCACCACACACACAUGCUCACGCAAACGCAGUCUGUCAAUCUUCAAUCUUUAAUAGCCUAUCUGUCAUUAAACAGUCUUACUUGUCUGAGAUUCAUUAAAAUUCAUUUAAAGACUUCAUUAAUGUUCAACUGAAGUGCCUCGUCCCAGCCACUAUCACCAUGUGUUUGACAUGUGCUACAUCUUCUGCAUUGACAAUGCACUUUCUACUGUGACAGUGCAUUCUGUUUUACACUGUGUAAUGCUGUAACUGUAGGUGGGAUUUCUGUGUUUUAUGAAUGCUUUUUGAGUCUUGAACAGUUUAAACACUCCACAUCUGAAGUGAAAUCCAAUGCAAAUAAGGUGUGCUACUCUUUCAUAUUGAUGCCUUGUCUCUCCAGAAAACACAAUGCUUCAGAAAGGAUUGGUUGGAUAUUUAUCCUGAGAGUUACUGAUUGUUUGGUAGCUUAUUCUUCAAAUGAUAGGCAUACAGAUGGGAUUUCAAGGCAACUGCAACGUCUAAGGCAAAGCAUUAGGUAGGGUUUCUAAGUAUGAGCAAAUCUGUAUUAACUGGUGUUAUUUGUUAUGAAUUCAAGAUUUUUUGUUUUUUCAGCUGGAACAUGUUUUUUUGUAAUGGGAGAAAACACACUGGUAAAGUCCCAUACUCUAGUUAAUGAAUAGCACUCUCUGAGGUGAAUUAAAAAGCCUUUGAAGACAAUUCUAUAAUCCAAAAUAUAAUUACCUUUUUAUCAGUGAUGUUUUUUCAAAGCACUACACUGUUAAUAAUAAAUGAAGUAAACAGACA